AUGGGUAAUAUCUUCAGAAAUAUCGCGACUAAAACUUACGGUCAGAAUAAGGAUCCACCUGAUCCAACUCGAAUUCGAUUUCCAUCAUCCAUGGGUCCUGAACCGAUCAUCUCGAUUCCAAUUGAUACAGAUAUGAGUCAGUCUGUUGAAAAACGAAUAAAAUUCAGAGUGCGACACGCCGCGACUGAUUUUCCAGCCACAGUAGAAGCACAUGAAGACCAUAGAAUUUCUACACUUAAACAAUACUUAAUUGAAUGUAUGGGAAUGCCGUUUCCAAGUAAACAUGGAAAAUGCAAAAUAUUGAUGGUAUGGAAUAAACCUGAUUUAUUGCGUGAUGAACCCUUGAAAGUUGAUGGAGAAAAUAAGGUGGAGAUGGAUCAACGAUAUUUAGGUGGAAGUAUCGAUCAUUUAACAUUACGCGAAUAUGGUCUUGAAAAUGGAGAUUUUCUCAUGUUCACAGUCACAUUUUCGCAAAUAUUGUAUGCCUCAGCUAAUUCAUUUAAAUAUAACGUGUAA